UGUGAAACAGUUUCCGGUGACUGGGCCAGUGGAGAAGAUGAUCAUGUUGUUGGAAGAGCAGAAUAUGACUUCAAUGCUAUUUCAGAAGAAGAAAUUUCUUUCCGUGCAGGUGAAAUGUUAAAAUUGGCACCCAAAGAACGACAACCCAAGAUGCGUGGCUGGCUUUUGGCCAGCCGUGACGGUCAAACAACAGGACUCAUACCAGCUAAUUAUGUCCGAAUACUUGGUAAAAGAAAAGGGAGAAAAACCUUAGAGAUAGAGAAGAUUGCAGAGCAUCAAUCCUCAGUCAGCAAUACUUCUCUGGGUCAAGAAAGCACGACUGCUGAUGCUUUGGAGGAGCAAGAGGCUGCUUUUGAGUCUGUUUUUGUGGAAACAAACAAAACCCCUGUCAAAUCAAACUCUCCUCUGCUUAGUGGAAAUAAAGAAGAUUUUUGAUGUUUGAAGUUUUAUCAGAGAUAUUGGACUGCAUUCACCAAUAAUACUUUAGGGUAGCCAUUUGGUAGUAAGUAGCAAAACGCUAAAAUUAUUGACAGUAUCCAGGUAAUGUGCUAUCUACACCUGGUAGCAUCAGGCAUAGGGAUAUUUGUCAUUGGCUGUAAAUCCUGUUAGGUUCAUUGAACAUUAGGCUGUUGGGUAAGGUAUGCUAAGGGCCAUUGUAUGAUCUCAGACAUUGGUGAACUGUAGAGUCAACAUAUCAUAUUCUGAUCUGAAGAAGCUGACACUAAGGCUUCAGAUAGAUCCUGAAGCCACUUUUUGAAGUCUAAAGAAUCUACUCCAUAUAGUAGCAUUGUGGUGAAAAACUGUUUUCAGAGGUUUUGACUGUACCUUGUAUCUGUCAUUUUUGUACAUUUUUGUGAGAUAUAAGGAAAAUCUCUGAUUCCGGGAGAUAGCAAUAGGAAAACUUACAGGGUUGAAACUAAUGUGCCCACUAGAUAGAAACAAAUAUAUGUAAUAUGCUUUUAAAAACCAGUAAAAAGUCCAUCUAAUUAUAGUUCGACGGUAUAUACUGAUAGAUCUCUUUUUAUAUGCCUCAUUAUGAAAGCUGGGGAUUUUUUUACUGCUCUAUAGCAUUGCAUUUGAAGCCUGAUGUAAUCCUCUUAAUUUGGAUUGGAAGUUACUUGCUAUAUGUUAAAAGCCACAUUGCCACUUGUUCUUCCAGAUAAAUUAUGUAACAAUUUCCCUCCAUCAUUUUACUGAAACAUGUUCUGUCAAGAAUACUUCACAGAGGCUCAAGCUCAGCAUAAAUUGGCAAUAUCUGUGUGCUUUAAAGUUAAUUAUGUCAUUGUCACAUGCAUUCUGAGCCUAGUGAUUGAUAAAAAUGAUAAAUACAUGGUUUUCUGUAGUUAGUUUCUUCAGUUGCAAAUGCCAACUAUGUUGUUUCACUUAACAUUCUGCUUAGUAAAUCUGUAGUAAUUGCUCUAGUAAGAAUGUUGAACAUGGCUUAUGUAUCCAAAAUGUGUGAGGUGUUGUUUACAAAGCCAUAUUGAUAUGAAGAUAACACUUCUGCUCAUAAAAAUCACAUUUUAUAGUACUGAUAGCUUAAAAUACUUUGAACUUACAAUGCAACAAAAUUAUACAUUAAUUUUUUUCUCUAUUUUGGAAUAAAUGUAUUUCCAAAUUGAAAAAUACAAAUUGAUAUCCUUAAUUUUAAAUUAAAACUCUUCUAUACAUAUUUUAUUUGCAGCUUUGCUACAAAUCUUUUUUUUUUUUUAAGAAUUCUAAACAGCUUUGUAUCUUCAGGCAAAUUACAGCACAGAACAAAGAGCUCAAAUGAGUGUACCUUAUGUGGAAAUACAUUUUUCCUCAUACCUUUCAUAUUUAGUCAAUCUGCUAAGGACCUUGAGAGAAGAUUUUUUUUUGAUCCCUUUCAUUUAGUGAAGAAGCAAUGCAGUAAUUUCUAAUUAAAAUAUUUGAAUUUCUAAUUUGAUAAGAUUAAUAGCUAAAAGCCACAAAAAUGAAAAACUAGGAUUAGACUGAAGGUGGGUCGGACCUGAAUAAUCAAUUGCACACAUUUCUUUAUUAUUUACAUGGUUAUGGGCUUGCAUGAAGUUCUGCAAUGUAAAUUGGUACCCCAGUUUUCCUCCAAAAACAUGCUAGGAAAGUUAGGUAAAGAUGUUGAUAUGGAUCUAGUACCUAAAAUCAGUUUUUCUUGCCUACUGAUUGCCUAACAUCUGGUGGUAAAAAGAGUAGAUUCCAGAUUGUAACUAACCUUCAAAUCAAGGUUUAAAAGAUUUGAUUUUUCUGAUACUUUACUAUUAUAAAUGUGUUGAAUUCUAAUAAAAAGGAUUAUC